UCCAUGCUCCAGAAAAACCAGAUGCUAACAUCAGGGCCGUGCAGAGACCUUUGGAGGGGCAGGGGCUCAAAGUUAAAAAGAAAAAAAGGCCACAUUGAACAAGAUCUUAAAGCACUGUACAACACCAUCACAACAACCCUUAUUAAUCCAGAAUUUAAUUUAACACAGAAAGUGAUGAUGGGAGGCAAGAAAAUGCCAAAGUACAUUCUCUAACCUGUCGGAAAAGCUCUCUGUUUAAUAUUAAGGGACUUAUGAGGGGGAACGGUUGUUUGGUUUUAUUUAAGAUUACUGGACUAAACUGGUCUGGUUUAAAAAAUUUUCUAUAAUGCCUACAGAGAAUCUGGACUGGGCUCUGUUUAUAUCAGCACUAACGUUUGACCGUGACAUGUAUAAGGCGCCAAUUCAAUGCUAUGACACUUAGCGGAAAUUGUCCAAAGUACCCAUCUAUUAAAUUGAAUUCAGUUCAGAAUUUGUAAGUGUGGCAAACCUGAACUAAACGGCUCCGGUCACUUCGCUGCCGUUGCUAAAACUACAGACAGACUCCAAUUCUAAAACCGCGAAGGAAAUUGAUGUCAUCGUUCAUAACGUCUCCUUCUGUUCUCCGAUUGCCUCAGUAGAAAUACUACCAAAGUAUCCAAGUCAAUGACAAAAAGCCCUGACAAACAGUGUGAAGUCAAAUUGGGGAAAAAAAAAAAAAAAAAAAUGCGCUCACUGUGUUCCACACGGACUUAAAUGAGGGACGGACAACGCGGAAAAGAAAGCGGAACGCGGAAAAGAAAGCCAGACAAAGAAAUCGGGAGUUUGUGGACUCUUUCAAUCAAAGAUCCUGGUCGAGUUGCAGAUCUGGAUGAACUUGUAGACGAGCAGAGAGACAGCCGGUUUUUACCUGCUCUGGACCAAAUGUGGAAUAUCCUGACAUGCACUAAAUAAAUGAAGGAUAAAAAUGAAGAAAACUGCUUGGUCCUUUGAGUAAAAUCCUGUUUUUAAAAAGUCUGCAUCCAUUCAUCCAUCCCUUCUCAAGUGGGGAAGCUGCACAAAUCAAAAAAAGAACUUGACAGUAAAAACCGGACGCAACUGCUGAUGGAAAAAGAACUGUUUCAAAAGAUGGCGGAUUCAGCUGAUGGAAAGUCUGUUGUUCAGGCAAAGAUGGAAAGAACGACAGCAAAAAGAUUGUUGACUCGAUUGAUCAACAACAUAACUCGGACGCAUGAGGACAUGACUGAAGAGGAACUAAAGGACAGUUUCCACAAGCUCAACAUAGAGGCUGGAAAAGUAAUGACGGCAAAUGAUGAUCUCGAAGCAAGUCUCAUCGCAGAAUUGGAAUCCAACUUUGGUGAAGAUGAUGGAGUCACACUGACUGAACAGCAGAAAUCUGACCUGGAAAAGACUGCAAAUGAGUGUGAAGAAAAAGUAAGAGAAGUCAAAGGCUUAAUCCAGGAGACCCUGUGGAGAACCUUUGGAAAAACUGAACUGUUAGUUGCACUUCAAGUAGCGGAAUUAGAAUGUGAACAUGCUGCCACUAUCAAACCAGGAGUGGAGAAGGAAGCAUAUGACUUCACCCUUAACCACCUGAGGGAACUCUUAAAGGCUGCAAAAGAAGCUCAUUGUCACUGGAAAAGAUGGAUCCCUCAUGGAGCACGAGAUGAAAUCCAAGAUCGUCUGAGAGAAUUGGAACUUAGUGUCCCCAAGCUGGUUUCCAGGACAGCAGAGUUCAUUCAUGCAAAGCUAAAAGAUGAAGAAAAGAAAGAUCAAAUUGUAACUUCCCAAAAUUAUUCUUUACCAACCAUCAAGCUGAAACCAACUUCUCUCCCAAAGUUUUUUGGAAACAAACGUGACUUUUAUAGAUGGAGAAAAGACUGGGAAGCACUUCAAAAACAAGGAGAACCAACUGGUUCAAAAGAAGUGAAGAAAGUGCAGCUGCUGGACAGUCUGGAUGAGAAAAUCACGAGAGACCUUCGCUUAACCUCCUAUAGCACUCCAGAAGAUAUUUUUCAAGUCCUUGAAAACCGGUAUGGAAAUCAGACCUCUAUUGCAAUUGAAAUUGUGGAAGAGCUACAGAGAAUUCCUGCAGUUAGAGGUCACCAGCCAAGAAGAAUCGUGGAGUUGAUCCAAGCUGUUGAAAAAGCUCUUAAGGAUUUAAGUGAUCUUGGAAAUACUGGAGCUAUUAAGAACCCUCUGGUUACAAAGUCAAUUGAAACUAAGCUCCCUGAAGUUUUGAAGAAGGAAUGGCUGUUUAUGCAGCUGAUAAAAGGAAUGCUGUGA